CGGGGAGCCGAGGGGCCGUGGGGCAGCCGGCAGGGGAGGGGAGGGCAGACAGCGUGCAGGGGGGAGCCGGGGGCGUUUGAGGGAGGGCGGGGGCAUCAAGCCAAAUGCCCCCCGCUUUCCCUUUCGGGUCUCCGGCUCCAGGAGCUGGCUGUCUUGUGUCAUUUGUUACUGCCAGGGGAGAGGGGAUACCACCACCCCCCCUUUAAAUUCCUGCUAUUGUGGAGUGCAGACCGGGUUGGACCUGGGUAUUUAGAUGACAUCACCGAGCAGGUUGGGUUAUAAAAUGAAUGAAGCAGAAAGCAGCCCAAGUUCACUAGCUCGGCACUUCGCAGGCGGCAGGAGGGACCUCGGGGCUCCGCUCUGAACUUUGACUGCCGUCGGUCCCGUGCUCUCCCCGGGGCUGCCCUCGGCUCCCCGCUGCCCCCCCGACCCCCCUGCCGCUCGGCCCCGCAGGAUGCAGAUCUCACCCUUGCUGGCUGGUGGACUUUUACUCGCGCUGCUCUCCGUCAGGCUGGAGGCGAAGCCGGCGUCCCAGCUCCCACAGAAGGCCUCCCGCGGGUCAGCGGCGGCAGCGGCGGCGGCGGCGGCAGCGGGUCCGCCCGAGGCGGCGGAGCGGGAGAAAGAGCGGGAGAAGGAGCGCAGCAGCGGCGGCGGCGGCGGCGGCUCGGGCCCGCGGGAGGCGCGGGAGGCGCGGGCCGAGGCGCGGCCGCGGGCGGGCUGGGCGCGGCUGCUGCAGGACCCGCCGGGCCGCCGCCACAAGGGCCUCCACAAGAAGGGCCUGGGCAAGGGCUGCUUCGGGCUCAAGCUGGAUCGCAUCGGCGCCAUGAGCGGCCUCGGAUGCUGAGGGACCCCUGGCGGGCUUUGAAUCCGUAGUCCACUUUUUCCUACCACGCACAGCCAGGCACGGCCAUCCCCAGGCAACACCUAGAGAAGCAGAGACCCCCUUGGAAUGGACAAAAGAUGUGGUUGUGUUUUUCUUUUUGGUACGAGGAGUCAUGGCACCAACUGUUUUGGUUUUGUUAUUUUUUUAACAAGUGCUCUCUAUCUUAUAUAUAUUAUAUAUACAAACACUCACCGAGACAAGGGACAGUGCUUUUCCAAGAGACUGAUGAAGCCAGCUGUAUAACAUUGCUGUUUGUAAAUUCAUGUCAUGCAUAAAUGUAUUUAUGUUGUAAAGCUAUUUAUAUAUUGUUUAUAAAGAGAUAUUUAUAAAAAAUUAUUUAUGUAACUAAAUGAAAAGUCAAGCAUUGUAACAUUUUUUGUCCUAAGUAGUUGAAAAACUUUAAAAAAAAUCAUUCCAUGUGGCAUUUUGUAACCUGUCUUUAUUUAUCAAAUUCACAUACAAUUUAAAUGUCAGAUUGAUUGAUUUUAACAGAGCUAAAGAAGAAAUUGUUCAGAUGUUUUAGAAAAGUCAGGAGUGAGAGAAAGGCCAGCUGAUAUUUUGAGCUUUGAUCCCAUAUGCAAAAGUAAACUUGUGCCCAAUCCUGUGAUGCUCUGAUGGACUGAAUCCUGCCUGGCGCUGCAAGACUCUGCAGACCCCAGCUGAGCUCCCUGCGAGAGCACACAGCCUUGGGCAGCACAGCUAUGCCCAGAUCCCAAAUGGCACCCGUGGAAAUGAGCCCACCGUGGUUAACAGCCGAGCCCUGGAUCCACAGCAGCGUGACAAGGGCAGCAUCUGUCCCAGACGUGCUUUAACUGCUUCUAGCCCAAGCUUCAGCCCUUAACUGCAGUUCUAUCACUGGUGCUGGAUGGAGACGCCGUCCCUGCUGACAGCAACAAAGAGCCCACGCUGGAUCUGGCCCCCGGCUGUGCUGGUGGGAGCAGAGCUUUGUGCCAGAGGCACUGCUGUUCCAGGAUCCAGUGGCCCACUAAUUGUCUUGUUGAUAUUCUCAUCCGCCAGCCCUUUGCCACUGAGCUGUAAAGUCCCUUCCUCCAGCAGAGAUUUAUUUAACUGAGCCAGGGACAAUACAUAGACAGACCAAAAUAUACCGAGAGCUGCCUGGUAAGGAUUCAUGGACACAGCUGUUGCUACAGCUUCUUGCUAUGUAAAGUGCAUGAAAUAAAUCGUUAAAAUGA